AGGCGGGAUGUUUUGACGUUGGUAGCGGCUAACGUGAGCUUUAGCAAACAAACAUGCAGAGACCGGUGUCCACUUUGCUGCUGAGUCCACGUGUUAAGGUCAAACUGCUCAACGCGGGCUUUCAGGUGCUCCAUGACGUCAUAGCAGUCACAGCGCUCAACCUCAGUCGAGAGGCAGGUCUUAGCCAGCAGGAGGCGCUGGAGGUACUGCAGGCUGUGCGGAAGGAGGGAGGAGCUGAUGAAGGAGGAGGAGGAGCUCCUCUGACCGCUCUCGACCUUUUGCAGAAAGAGGAGGAGCUAAAGAGCAUCGUGACCUUCUCCUCGCGUUUGGACAACGUGCUGGGAGGAGGACUUCCUGUCGGAAAAACCACAGAGGUCUGCGGCGCACCGGGAGUGGGAAAAACACAACUUUGUCUGCAGUUAGCAGUGGAUGUUCAGGUGCCCCCGUGCUUCGGCGGCCUCGGAGGUCAGGCAGUCUACAUUGACACGGAAGGAAGCUUCGUUGUUCAACGAGUCAUUGACCUUGCUGCCGCCGCUGUCCGCCAUUGCUCCUUGCUGAUGGACGACGCAGAGCAACAGGACGCCAUGACGACCUUUACCGUGGACACCAUCCUGUCCAACAUCUUCCUGGUGCACUGCCAUGACUACGUGGAGCUCCUCGCCGAAGUCUACCUCUUGCACGACUUCCUGUCUCGUCACACUAAGGUCCGCCUCCUUGUGAUUGACAGCGUGGCAUUUCCCUUCCGUCAGCUCUUUGACCAGCUGUCGCAGCGGACACGCCUCCUCAAUGGCCUCGCCCAGCAGCUUAUCUCCAUGGCGACCAAGCACAACGUGGCUGUGGUCAUGACUAAUCAGAUGACCACAAGGCUGCGGGGCAGACAAUCUCAGCUAGUCCCUGCGCUGGGGGAGAGCUGGGGGCACGCCCCUACACUUAGACUCCUCCUUCAGUGGGCAGGCUCACAGAGGCAGGCCACCGUAUUUAAAUCACCAGAUCACAUGGAGGCCACGGUCGGUUACCAAAUCACGACAGACGGCUUCAGAGACACCGAGCAAUCAGAGCAGCUGCAGAGUAAACGCCCCCGAACACUCACUGACCAAUCAGCUGCCUGCUCGAGCAAACAGAUGCAGUUGAUUGGCUAAAGAUGCAGUUGUUUUCAGCCAAUCAGAGACAAAUGUGAUGACAAUAAUGUUUCUUUGUAAAUGCUACUUUAAUGGCUCAUUAAAAG